ACAACAAAGGAAAUGCCAAGAAAAUUAAAACUGUAUAAAAUAUGUCUUCGUUAUGUUAAAAACAAUCCGAGAGAAAUAUUGAUGGUAUAUCAAGAAAGAAAUGUGGAUUUCACUAUGCUGUUUUGUGGACUUCCUCCAAUGGUUUGCGAAGAUCUAAUGGUGCCUCCACCUUAUCAUAAUCCUCUAUUCACAUAUUGCAUACACAGAAUUGGGAUUAAGAGAUUAUACUUAUCUUUUCUUCUAUACGAUUUACCAUUUUUACGUAUGGAAAGUGUUUGUAAGAAAAUUACAUUUGCCCAUAUAACUUUUGCAAAUUUAUCUGAAGAGGAUCUACGAACAUUGAUAAAUCAUAUGCCGAAUAUUAUCGAAUUAAAUCUAAGAAACACAAAUACAACUGAUAAAAUUUUAGAAAAUAUUGGAGAAAAUUGCCAUUUCUUGAAAUUUUUAAAUGUAUCUUCAUGUUCCAUCACGGAUUUUGGGUUAUUCUCUCUAUUCUACGAUGCAAACAAAGCUUGUCGAUGUAAGCAACUUGAAUACUUAAGAAUAGAUGACACCCAAGUCACGUGGAAGGGCCUUAUUACUGUGUUAAAUACUCACAAUUUAAGACUUUUGGAUGCCAGCAAAAAUGUUUUAUACACUACAUUAAAUCGUUACAGCUGCUAUUAUUUCGAUCGUAUUCUACACCUCGAGAAUUUAAACUUAUCACGAUUCUUUCAAGAGGAGCCAUUGAAAAUAUUCGAUAUAUUGCUCUGUACUCCAUAUUUAAAAGAAUUGCACUUACGCGAAGUAAAUAUAAAUGAUGAAGAAUUGCUUACGUUGCCAAAAUUAAAUUAUUUAGAAAAUCUUUCAAUCAUUUCACGUAAUAACAAUCUAACAUUCGAAGUAGGAAUUGUCCAAUUUCUAUCACUUUCAGGUAAAAAUUUGAAGAGAUUAGAAUUACACAACAUUAAAUACGUCAAUAUGUACUUCAUUGGAAAAUAUUGCAUAAAUCUAGAGACAAUCUAUCUUUUCUCUAUAUUUCAUCUGUACUUCAGGAGCGUAUCUGCCGAUAACAAGCCAAUUUUUAGAUCCUUGAAAUCCUUUACAUGCAACAUACUGGAAUGGGAACCAUGGGAUGAUUUCUUCUAUUUAGUUUUCAAGAAUGCUCCUUCAUUGGAAAAUAUACGUAUAAACGGUAUUAAUUUUAAGGAUUAUUCAUUGAAGUCGAUUAUUUUUCUACCCGUUACCCUGAAAAAGAUUUAUUUCAUUAAUUGUGAAAGCGUUACAAAGGCAUUGAUAUACCAGAUUUUUGAUCAUCUUCCCAAUCUACGAGUCUUCCGUUUACAGGAGAGAAAACAUUCUUUAUCUGUUGAUGAUUUAAAGGAAAUAUUUAACCAUUUGCAUGAUGUCAAUUCUUCGAUGUGGUUCGAAUGUUGUGGUCGCUUUCGAGUUACUUCAAGAUAAAAGAAAAAGUACAAUUUAAAAGUGAUCUAUUCAAAAUUUAACAAUAUUUAUUGAUUUUUUUUUUAAAUACUGUUUUAAAUAAAAUUUACG